AUGAAAUGGCAGAGAAAUGAUCGAUAUUUUUUCUCUGGGGGGGUCACUAAUUCAGUCAAGGGUAUAAGAAGAAUUAACAUAUUCCGGUUUAUCUAUUUACCCUCUGUCCUUCUGUUUUUCUUCCAUUUUAUGGGUGACCGUGUCAGCUUUGUCUAUCUGUCUAUCUAUCUAUCUAUCUAUCUAUCUAUCUAUCUAUCUAUCUAUUUCAAUUUAUUCCUAUUCUGUUCCUAUCUAUCUAUCUAUCUAUCUAUCUAUCUAUCUAUCACAAACUAUUCUGAUCUCUCUAUCUAUUUUAGUCUAUUCCUAUCUAUCUAUCUUUCUAUCUAUCUAUCUAUCUAUCUAUCUAUCCAUCACAAUCUCUUCUUAUCUCUCUAUUUUAGUCUGUUCCUAUCUAUCUAUCACAAUCUCUUCCUAUUUCUCUAUCUAUUUCAGUCUGUUCCUAUCUAUCUAUCUAUCUAUCUAUCUAUCUAUCUAUCUAUCUAUCUAUCACAAUCUCUUUUUAUCUAUCUAUCUAUCUAUCUAUCUAUCUAUCUAUCUAUCUAUCUAUCACAAUCUCUUCUUAUCUCUCUAUCUAUUUUAGUCUGUUCCUAUCUAUCUAUCUAUCUAUCUGCUUAA